AUGGAUUGUCUCCCAGCUUUCGGCACAGGGAUCUACGAAGUGCUUGUGCCUACAUUGGAAGUCUACACGCCCCUCAUAGAGGCGAAUGCUGCAAGAAUCGACGCAGCCUCUGUGCAGACGUAUAGCUACGGGGAGCACCCUCGCCAGAAACUCGACAUUUACCUUCCAACUGAAUCUGGGUCAUCUUCCACAACUCCAAAUCCAAUUCUGGUCUUCCUGUACGGUGGCGGGUUCACAAAUGGCGACAAGGUCAACCAAAACAAGCCGUUAUUCUACAGAAACUUGGGAUACUUCUUCUCCCAAAAAGGACAAUUAGAGACCAUCAUCAUCGACUAUCGACUGGUGAAGCACGGUGCUAAAUUCCCGGACGGCGGUGAGGAUCUUUCAGAGGCUCUGGCCUGGGUUGAUCGGAGGUACUCAGGCCAGAAAAGACCUCUGUUUAUCCUGGGAAACUCAGCAGGAGGCAUGCAUGCCUGUGCUUGGCUUUUUGAGCCGAUCUUCAAGGAUACCAGACGGGCACUUAUCGAGUCGUCCAAUGGCAUUAGAAUAACUGGCAUCGUGCUUGUUGGCGUGCUGUAUCAUUUUGGAUACUCGACUGCGAGCCUCAAAGAGAGGCUUGCUUCCUAUCUUGGAACUGAACUGGAUCAUUACUCGCCAAUGAUAUCAGCUAGAAGGUGUCUUGAAUCAGGGGAGCUGAUGUCGGCGGGAUUACCGCCAGUCCUGGUCAUUGACAGCGAGUUGGACCCUGAUGAUAUACUAAGAGCUACUCAAGACUUUAUCAGUGUACUGAGGAAGUCAAAUUACCUCGAGAUAAAAUACCUACAGGCCCAGGGGCACAAUCACAUAAGUCCUCCUCUUGCUCUAGGUACAGGUAUUCCAGGUGAAGAGGAUUGGGCCUUCCAGGUUCUGUCGUUUAUCAAUGGUCUUUUAUAA